CGGUAAUGUAAUAUACGUAAAGAUAAAAAUUAAAUUAGGCUAGAGAUUAAACGGUAAUGAAUUACUUGUAUGAUAGACGAAAAAAGUAAAAACGAAAGAAUCUCCUCACUUGAAAAAUUCCACGACAAACUCUCCUACUGACAAGUUAGUUGAAAAAUAAAAUAAAAGAUAAUUACAUUCUGUUAUCAAUGAACAUUUAUUAUAAUAAUUAAACAUGAAUUUAAAGCAUCGAUAUCUCAGAAAAAAGUAUGAAAAAAAAAUCAUCCAGUAAAGAAGAACAAAGUACUCAUAAACAAGAUGUGGUUCGUUUCAACGAAUUACAAAAGGAUACAAGUACACGCGAUAAUUUUUAAAAUCUAUAUCAAGAGAAAAAUAUUCAUUGACUCAAAAACAUUCAUUUUAUCUAGAAUAGUUUGGAACAAAGAGGAAACUUCGACGUUAGAGGCAGACGAAGAAGCGGAGGAUCGUGGAUUAACAUCGGCCGACGAAUCCCCGGCUAUUAUUAGUAGCAUCGAUGACCCUCGCGUUUUAACAAUUCUACGAAGUUUGAAACUGAACUGCCCUUGCAAAUCGUGCAGUGAACACAAUCCAGCUUCCAGAAAUCAACAGGAAGAUAACAGCGAUUUAAAGAGUUCGUCCCCGGAGGAAAUCAGAAAGAAAAAAUGGUCAUUGAAAUAUCGAAAACACAUUGAGACGACUUCAGAGGAUGUGGAUAUUUCGUCUGAUUGCAAUAGCGAAUACAGUAAAAAAGAAAAGAGAGGUCAACACAAAGCGAAGUAUAUUUUGACUCAUCGUAUCAAAACAAGCUCGAUAGUACAUGCACCACCAAAAAUUACGAAUCGUCGACGAACUAGUUUUUCCUUUUUUAAUACCCUUUUUGACAUUGUUUUCUGGCCUUAUUUAUUUUUGAAAACGAAUCGAUGAGAGCUGACUUUCUUCUUCGUUUUUGGAAAGAUAAUAUUUAAGAAGAAAUGGUAUGAACAAUAGAUCGAUAAUUGAAAAGUUUCAUGAUUUCUUUAAAUAUCUUUGUAGAAAUAUAGGUAUGAAACUUCGAAUUUACCAUUUAUUUUAUGUAUUGUAUACGCAUUAUUUUUUACGACCUAAAAAAUUGUAUGAUCUUAUUAAUUAAUAAUAUAUUUCAUUCUACAUAUAGUGUUUACAAAAUAUUUCAGAAAGCAUUUAAAAUAGAGCACUUACGUAUAUGUUUAAGAAAAUAUAUUUUUUAUUAUAUAUAAUAAAAAUACAAAUCAGAAUACGCAUAAUUCUUCGAGUCUCACAAUCAGUCAAUUAUUUACAACGAUUUUAUAUGAUAAAAUGCAAUGGUAAAACAUUGCCGGUGUAUUAUAAAAUAAAAUUUUAUGAAAAAAUGUGAAUAA